AUAAGAAGAUGGUCUACUUUACAUACAGCCACAUAGCCUUCAUCACCGUGUUGGCAUUUGCAGCCACAAUCUCAGGUGAAUUGACAAAUGUAACUCUACUUGAAAAUUUGAAAGAAAAUUCUGAACAUGGAAUAUCCAGAGCAAUUUCGGAACUCAAAUUUGCAGAAGGAGAAAUUCAAAAUAUUACAGACAAGAUUCUCAGUCAAAAUGCAAGCUUACGAGGAGAAGUAGAAGAGUAUACGGCCUGCCUGGAAACUGCAUACAAAUACAAAUGGGGUAGAAACACAUUCAGAGAUAUCUCAAACGGUCUCCUGGACAACAUUGUGGGAAACUCAAGUGAUGAUGCGAUAACCUGUUACCUUGAAGAAGCCACAGGAUAUGAGAAAAAAAUGGAGGCGUUCCCUAUAGAAGGAUGUCACAAAAAUCUAGCUUCCGCGAAUAAAGAAGGUAUUUGUUUGUUCCCUUUUUACAUUCCUGAUGAAAUCAAUAACACUUCCACAUACACCUACGAUAAAGAUUUAUUUUCAGAUAUCACAAUUCCUUCAUCAUGAUUUAAAUUCGUGAACACCCACCACGUAUUUGGCAUCAGUCUACGAUGGGGAUUUCCCGAGAGUCAAAAAUUAAUGUACGGAGGAGGAUGAGCGAGUUUAUUGGUGGUCUAGGAUGUGGUCAGUCGUCUACAAAUGAAAUUGUUCAGAUGGUGUGAAAGACAAUCUGGUCAACGUAAAACUGGAUGAGCACUAACACAGUGACAUGAUGAUUGCAGUUUGGACAUGAUGCAAAGUUAACAUCAUAAAAGUGGAUGAGUUUGUAGAGUUGUCGAUUGGUUGAGUCUGUGCGUGAAACAGACUGUUUUGCGUCAUUUCAUGUAACAUAAUUUUGUGUUCAAAUCUCAUAAUUUGAUUCUGAGAAAUACAAUCCGGAAGAUUUAUUCUUUCAUGAAUUAUUCCAGAUGUGGAGCAAUUGGAAUUUCAAAUCCAAACAGUAUUCUACUCCAACUACUUGUAUAGUACUGCCAUUUGUGAGUUCAUUUUCUCUGUAGAAUUAUUCGUCAGAGUCUAUCGAAUAUUAGUUAUCAUACGAAUGCAGUGAUAGACAACAAUCCCUUUCACUGGUCAAUUCAAAUUUCUCCAAAUCGUUUUUGUCAUUUCCAGUUUCCAAGAAAUUUUACACAGCCCAGUUGAAGAAGUUGAAAGGAAAUUGAGGAGAAGAACCAGAAUGAGUGUCAAAGUCGGUAUACUACUGAAUACUUGUAGAUUGUAGAAGCUUUCGUAAAUGUUAAUUUUAUUUUGAAUUAAAUUAAAUAAAUCAAUUAUCUGCUA